UGUUCCUAAUUUAGGAGAACAGUAAAGUUUACUUUGUACUUAAAAAAAUUUAAAAUCUAUCUACAUACAUAAACAUUUUUCUCACAUUUCUAAUUGAAUUUUUGUUUUUAAAAAAUUUGCAAUGGAAAAUGAAGAAAACCAAAACAACGAAGAUGUUAACCCCGAAACCAACAAAGACAACGAUAACGGUGAAGAAAACACAAAAGCAAAAGAGCUUGAAAAAUUAAAUGAAUAUGUUCAGCAAAUGGCUUACAUGCCGAUUGAGCCUCCAAAAGCAUCCGAACGUACAGAAGCUUUAGCAGAAGCCCCGAAAAAAUAUAUUGUCGGGACAUUUGCCGAUCACAAGGAACAUUUCAAGCCCAAAGAAAGAUCAGAGCGGGUUGAGAGAAUAGUUAAAAAACACACCCCAAUGACUAUUGAAAAUUUGGAAGAAUUCGUUCGAAACUAUCGUAUAAAACAAGCCUACCAGGAGAAAGAUAAGAAACAACAACAAAUUAAAUAUCAUGAGACUCUUACGAAAUUACAAAAACAAUGUGAGAAUCAAUUAAUGAAUGCAAUUGUCCGAAAAUUUGCCAAGAUGGUCUCAAAGAAAGCGUCUUCUAUAUCAUCAUCAUCAUCAACAACGUCGCCAUCGAAUGUCGAAACUGAAAGUUAUCAGCAUCUUCAAAAUUCACUUUUUUGUACAAUUAUUUUUAAAUUAAAAAUUCCAAACAAUCAACAAUCGAGAGAUAUAAAUCUUUAUAAGAAACUAUCAACCGUUUUGACUGACUUGAUAUUGCAAGGGUUAUUUUUGGCUCACAAUUAUUCAGAAUCAGAGGAGAAGAAAUAUGCAGGAGGUGAUCAGGCGCAACAAAAAGGUCCGAAUUCUAAUCAAAGGGAACUGAUGAUUAAAUGGAGAGCUCUUCGAGCAGCUAGAAAGAAAGUUCACUAUCAAAGUCGAAAGAAGAAUUGUUUGAAUAAAUAGAUAGUUAUAAAACUAAUGCAA